GCCCGACGCAAUUUUUGAACGUAAAUUAAUGGCCUUGAAAAAUGCUUUUCAUAUGUGUUUAAGGUCAGUGUGCUAUAGAUAUGCAUGCAACCAAUUCAUCACGCACUGUGUGCACGGUGAUAACCAUUAUCAAAUCUCUAAUUUAUUUCCUAUUCCAGAAGAAAUUGUUCCGAGAUCGAUCAAAGCACCUUUGUCGCUGAUUAUACUAUCUGUUUUCUUAGUGUAAAGGCGCUCUCCCAAAUUAUAGACAUAUUCAAUAACAGCGAUCGUUCAAAGUUUGACAUCAGGCGGCAUAAGCAAAAAAAAUAAAAAGGGGCAAUAUUGAUGAAAACCUCUCCAAACCGGUAUACAUAGGUAUAUGAUGAUGGACUGGGCGACUCCAUUGCUGCAGAUCCGGGAAAGUUCAUCCAUCGUACCCGAAACUUGCUGCAACCAAAUGCUGUUGAUAAAGGAUUUGACAUGGGAACAUUCACCGUAGAUAAGUACGUUCCAGGGACGCCUUCAGGGAACGAAAUUCGAUGCUAUCGUACAGCGUAUUGUUUUCGGCAGAGGAUCACUGUAACGAAUCAUUAUCACAUACAAUGAUACGUUAUCUGGUGCGGUUCAGUAUCAAAGACAUGCGAAAAAGCAAAGUCCAGAUAGUAAAAUAAAGUACAAAAAUAAAACGGAUAGAUUUACGGUGGAGGUAGGUGGAAACACCAAACAAUACCGUACUCACACCACUCCACUUCCUUCAAUUUUUACUCCCUCUCUGUCACUUCCGAAUGGUGAUGGUACGCAAAUUAAGACGGAGAAAGUGGGGUCCAGUAUCGUGGAACGAUUAAACGGUAAGGGUUGACAUUCCUAACGUGAAGAGCGUAUGAUGAGCAGCGACGGUUCCGAUUGGACAGUAUCAUGAUCGAUUGAUGGCAUCACGGUACGGUGGAGUGCAGGGAAUCAAUCUUAGCAACCGUAUGGCCAUUGCGCAUAGUACGGCCGAUUACGAGUGGCGACUAUAAGAACCCUUUACCAAACAUUCACGUUUAUCAGUGUCGUACAGACAGCAUCAGCGUGUAGCAUCACUCUCACCGUACUCAUUGCGAUCGUAACCAUUGUGUGGGCUCGUGUAUUGAACGUAGUACAGCAGGAACAAACGAAAACUUAUCAAUAGUGGAAGACCCCCCAGCAAGAAUCUGUCUGCAGUUUCAUCCACACACACACACACAAAAAAGUAACCAAAAAUGAGUGUAUUAGAGUGCCCGUCCGAUUUGACGCUCAUCAGCGAUGAAAUGUCCAUCGGAGACGUUAUCCAGGAUAUCAUCCGGAUGGGACCGCAUGAGGAUCCGCUCCAUGUGCUCGAUUUGGACGAUGUGGUCCGCAAGCAUUACGGCUGGUGUGCGAAGAUGCCACGGGUGAAGCCAUACUACGCGGUCAAGUGUAAUGAUGAUCCGCGCAUCCUGCAGACUCUCAUGACGCUCGGGACGGGCUUUGACUGUGCGUCCAAGGGUGAGAUGGAACGCAUGAUCGGGUACGGUGUGAAGCCGGAGAACAUAAUCUUUGCGCAACCGGCCAAAUCGAUCCCGUCGCUGUUGUACGCUCGCUCGAAACAGGUGUCCGUGAUGACGUUCGAUGGUGCGGUCGAGUUGGAAAAGAUUCACCAGUACUACCCGGAGGCACGAUUGGUGUUGCGUAUGCGCCACGACUCGCUCAAGGUACGUUGCUCGUUGGGCAAGAAGUUUGGCUGUGAUCCGAUUGUGGAGGCUCCGGAACUGUUACGAUAUGCCGCCACCCUUCGCAUGAAUGUGAUCGGUAUCAGCUUCCACGUGGGAUCCGAUUGUGACGAACAUCAGGUGUACUACGAUGCGGUAAAGAUUGCAAAGGAUCUGUUCGACUACGCCAAGACACUCGGGUACGAGUUCAGCUUGCUGGACAUUGGAGGAGGAUUCCCGGGAGAUAAUAACAAACCGAUUGAUCGGUACGCGAAAGCGGUGAAUGUCGCAAUUGAUCAUUACUUCCCGGCGGAGUUGGACAUUCGCAUCAUUGCCGAGCCGGGGCGCUAUUACGUUGCAUCGGCUGUGACGCUGGUUUCGUUCGUAGACUCGAAACGUGUUCUGAAGGAAAAGCAGCCAGAUGGGACAGAGAAACUACGGAUGUAUUACUAUCUGAAUGAUGGAGUGUUCGGUACGUUCUACUGCACUGCCCACGAAGCACAGCCAGCAAUACCGAUCGUAGAGCGAAAAGUAGGAGCCAAGGAGUACAGCACAUCCGUUUGGGGUCCAACGUGUGAUGUGAUGGAUCUGAUAUUACCCGAUGUACUUCUGCCCGAGCUGGAUAUUGGCGAUAGUGUGGUGUUCGAAAAUGUCGGAGCCUACGGGCAGGUGCUUUCCUGCCGUUUCAACGGAUUCGCCAUACCCAAGGUGGUGGCAUACUUGCGCGAAAGUACCUGGAAAAUACUGCAAGAGUUGAAUGCAGCGUCCGCCGCUAUCUCGGCCCGUUCCAUCGAUAGUUCGGAUGGCAAGUUGCUGGUUACUCACGAAAGCUACACUCCCAUCGCUGAGGCAACAUACUUGGUUUAAUAGGAUAUUGUUGGAGCGCUUAAAUUAUGUACCAAUAAAAUAUGUUUUAUGUUAUAUUUAACCACUGAAAGUACUAAUGUUUUGUCAGUUUUCUGUAGCUUUAGUUUUGCUGUUAUUCAGCUUGGAAGAUAAGACACAUUUACGAUAGGGUUAGGACAUUCGAGAAAAAAGCGGAAUUGAUUCUUGAAACAGUUUUCAACUCUGUAAACAAUAUUUUAUAUAAUAGCAAGAAAUACAAAGAGGUCACUUUUGGUAAUAGAAAUAAAUGAAACAAUUAGACAUUAUAUCCAAGAAAACCGAAAUUUUUUUAUGCUUUUUCUGAAAAUAUAAUUACUAUAUUAAUUUGUACACUGCACUGUGCUCAUGUACAGGAUAUGUUAUUCAGCACGAUAGUCCAAAACAGACAGAGCAAAAUAAAAAUAAAAAUGUAUUUAUCAAAAUUGUUUAUAACACUAUAAUUUAUACUAUACUUUACUAUACUAUAAUAAUUAUAAUUCGUCAUUUCAUGAAACUGUGUGAUUAGAUGUGUUUUUAUUGCUCAAUACGUGGAACUGAUUCUAGCAAGAUCUUACGUGUUAUACAAAACUUGGGCAAAGAUAUUAAUUCAGAUGAUACUUACUUAUUUCAUUAAUGUAACUAUUAUAUUCCAAUGUCAUGUAUUUUGUUGAACGUGUACCCGUGGUAUCACGCCUUAGCGUUCGGUCUGAUAUUCGGAAGAUUGUGGUUCGAAAAUCAUAAGAGAACGUUUGAUAAAAGUAUUCGAAAAAAUAAA